AUGUCUCCACCCGCUGCUAUCUUUGAGCCUGUCACUGCCCCUACCGGUAUUAAGGGCAAGGUUAUCGUCCCAGAGACGGCUACUACCACCCUGACUGGUCAGGGACAGAGUCAGCUUCUUGAACAGUUCGGCGGCAAGUGGGAUGCGUUCAAGUUCGCCCCUAUCCGCGAAAGCCAGGUCUCUCGUGCCAUGACUCGUCGUUACUUCCAGGAUCUGGACAACUACGCUGAGAGUGAUGUUGUCAUCGUCGGUGCUGGUUCCUGUGGUCUGAGCUCUGCUUAUGUGCUGGCCAAGGCCCGUCCAGACCUGAAGAUUGCCAUUAUUGAGGCUUCCGUGUCUCCUGGUGGCGGUGCUUGGCUCGGUGGUCAGCUCUUCUCCGCCAUGGUUCUCCGUCGCCCCGCCGAUGCUUUCCUGACUGAGCUCGGCGUUCCUUUCGAGGAGGAGCCUAAUAACCCCAACUUCGUGGUUGUUAAGCACGCCGCUCUCUUCACCUCGACUUUGCUGUCUAAGGUGCUUUCCUUCCCCAACGUGAAGCUUUUCAACGCCACUUGCGUCGAGGACUUGAUCACCCGUCCUGAUGGUCCUGGCAAGGUUCGCCUGGCUGGUGUCGUCGUAAACUGGACCCUGGUCACUCUGCACCACGAUGACCACUCCUGCAUGGACCCCAACACUAUCAACGCUCCCAUCAUCAUCAGUACCACUGGCCAUGACGGUCCUUUCGGUGCCUUCUGUGCUAAGCGUCUUGUCUCCAUGAACACCAUUGAGAAGCUCGGUGGCAUGCGUGGUCUUGACAUGAACUUGGCUGAGGAUGCUAUCGUCAAGAACACCCGUGAGGUUAACAAGGGUCUUAUCAUCGGUGGUAUGGAGCUGUCUGAGAUUGAUGGCUUCAACCGCAUGGGCCCUACUUUCGGUGCCAUGGCCAUGUCUGGUGUCAAGGCUGCUGAGGAGGCGCUUCGCGUCUUUGAUGAGCGUAAGCGCGAGUGCGCUGAGUAA